CAAUAUAAACAGGAAGCAGAGCAGGGCUGGGGGCGGCGUCUAUACUGGGACAGCUCUGCCGGAGACGCACCUUGUUAGUCAGUGUGCACAGGGCUCAGGAGCCGUCACUGCCUUGUAGUGCUGCCUCUCCUUCCGCCUCAGUCUUAUUCUGCUUCAUGUGUAACCCCUCUGCCUGACCCUCUUUGAGCUGUGUCCUCCACCAUUGCAGCUUCUUCCCUGUGAGGCAGCCAGUGCCCUAGCCCCCCGUUUCCUUCCUGUGCCUCCCACCUUUCUUCAGGCUGGACCCCCUCACUCAGUCAGUCAUGCUGCUGCUGGCCGCCGCCUUCUUAGUGGCGUUCGUGCUGCUGCUGUAUAUGGUGUCUCCGCUUAUCAGCCCCAAACCCCUGAAGCUGGCGGGAGCCCAUGUGGUGGUGACUGGAGGGUCCAGUGGAAUUGGCAAAUGUAUUGCAAUUGAAUGUUUUAAGCAAGGAGCUUUUAUUACUUUGGUUGCUCGUGAUGAGAGCAAACUUCUUCAGGCCAAAAAAGAAAUUGAAAAGCAUGCCAUAAAUGACAAACAGGUAGUGUUGUGUAUAUCUGUUGAUGUAUCCAAAGAUUACAGACAAGUAGAAAAUGUCAUAAAACAGGCUCAGGAAAAACUUGGUCCAGUGGAUAUGUUGGUGAAUUGUGCUGGAACAUCAAUUGCUGGAAAAUUUGAAGAGAUAGACAUAGAACGUUUUUCAAGACUGAUGGAAGUGAAUUAUUUGGGUAGUGUGUACCCUAGUCGUGCAGUGAUUUCUACUAUGAAAGAGAGGCGAAUGGGAAGAAUUGUAUUUGUUUCAUCACAAGCAGGACAGUUGGGGUUAUUUGGCUACACUGCUUACUCCCCAACAAAGUUUGCACUCCGAGGCCUUGCCGAAGCACUACAAAUGGAGGUAAAGCCAUAUAAUGUUUAUGUGACAGUUGCUUAUCCUCCAGAUACUGAUACACCUGGGUUUGCAGAGGAAAAUAAAUCUAAGCCAUUGGAGACAAGGCUCAUUUCAGAGACUUCAAGCCUUUGCCAAGCAGACCAAGUGGCCAAAGUCAUUGUUAAGGAUGCUGCACAAGGUAAUUUCAACAGUUCUGUUGGUUCAGAUGGUUACAUGUUGUCAUCACUAACGUGUGGGAUGUCCCCUGUGACUACUAUAACAGAAGGCCUGCAGCAGGUUGUCACAAUGGGACUGUUUCGAACAAUUGCCUUGUUUUACCUUGGAAGUUUUGACAGCAUUGUCCGUCGCUGCAUGAUGCAAAGGGAGCACUGUGGGAAAGAAGAGAAAACAGACUGAUAUUUAGAAGCCAAGAACAUAAUUCAUAUGCUUGCUGCUAGAGAGCACAUGACCUGUUUAAAAUGUAAAAAAAAAAAAAAAAAAAAAUCCCACUCCCCUUCACAUCAUCUAUUUUACCCAACUUGGCACUUAUGGGUACAAAGAUCAUGGAAGUGCAUUUUUGAUAGCUGUUUGCUGGCAACCAGCAUGAUACUAUGCAAACUGUUUUGAAAGGCCUAUACUUUUUUGAGUGACUUUUGCUUCAGAAAGAAAAUGAAUUUACUUUAGUUGGUGCAUACUAUGCUGCUUCAUUUAACAUGUUUGUCACCACUCCCUACCCUUUACCCUUCUCUUAUUCCUUUUGGCUACUGUUUUUCCUGUGAACUGUAAUAUUACCUAAUCUGAUGGCGUAGCUGACUAAUUUUAGUCUAUUUGCUGUUGUACAAAGUAACUAUGAAGUUUCAGUCUGUCCACCCUCUUGUGCCUCACAAAUAUUUUUCUGGAACCCUGUUUCCCAGCACCCAUUGUCUGUGCUGCUAUUCAAUUCACAGGCAUGGUCUUGUUCUUCUGAUAAAUCUAUUACUUUAAAAUAAAACUAUAUUUACAUAUAUGCACAAAAGAACUGACUCUACAGAAAAACUACAGAUGUUGAAUAUGAUUUCUGAAGAAUUUAAAGCUCUGAAGACCUGCCAUAGUUUGUAUAUUUUACAGGUGGCUUCCCCUUUACAGACGUUUAGAUAUCUGUAAUUUGUAAUUAAUAGUACUAACCUUUUUAGCUUGCUUUCUACCUCUAUGCACCCCCAGAAUACCAAAAUGGUACCCAGAACUGUCAGACUUUGUUGAUUCUAUGGCUGUAGAUAAGGUUGUUGUGUUCUUUUGGUAAUGAUUGUUGAAUGUAAUAAGCCAGAGAAUGAUCUGACUGGUUAUAUACGGUACAUUUUCUCAAGUACAAUACCACUACAAUCAUUAUUACUGAUGUUGGACAAUGUCACUUACAAUGCUAUAGUACCCAACAAGCGUUUGGUUGUUUUCAUAACUAGUUGAACUCAGCGCUGAUGGGGUGUGUUUUUUUUUUUUUUUUUUUUAACCUUGCCUUUAAGGAGAAAAUGGCUUGUAUAAUGCUUGAAAUGAAGAGACUGUAACUUUGAAUGUAACAUGUGAGAAUCUUUGUGUCUGCAUAUUAGCACUAUUCAGGGAUGUCAUUUUGUGUUUAAAUGUGGAGAUGUUUAGCUAGGACCAGCGCCCAUGAAUAUACAAAUCCAGCUGGCAGGCCCGCCUCCAGCAUACAAUUCACCGAAGACAAAAGAGGAUCUUCAUAGGUAGAGAUGAGCGAAGUUACAGUGAUUCGAUUCGUCACAAACUUCACAGAUUUCAGGUGCUCCGGUGGGCUGGAAAAGGUGGAUACAGUCCUCAGAGAGAGUCUGCAGCCCACCGGAGCACCUGAAAGCUGAAAUUUAUACAGGCUAAAGUCAGCAACUGACGAGCCGAGAAGUUUGAGACUAAUUGAAUCACUAGCUUUGUUCAUCUCUAUUCAGGGGAACUAGGUGCCUGACUGCAGGUACGUAUAUGAGUCAGGGACCCUCCAUCUGUCUGCUUCACCUGCACUAUUACCCAGUGUAUUGGGUUUAGGUAGGGUGAACAGGUGACCGUUUUCCUUUAUAACCCCUUAAGGACCCAGGGUUUUUCCAUUUUUGCAUUUUCGUUUUUUCCUCCUUACUGUUAAAAAAUCAUAACACUUUUAAUUUUGCACCUAAAAAUCCAAAUGAUGGCUUAUUUUUUGCGCCACCAAUUCUACUUUGUAUUUUGUAACUUUUGGGGGCUUCCGUUUCUACACAGUACAUUUUUCGGUAAAAAUUACAUACGAUUAAAAUGAUACCCUACUUAUAUAGGUUUCAUUUUGUCGUAGUUAUGGGAAAAAUCAUAACUACAUGCAGGAAAAUGUAUAUGUUUUAAAAUUGUCAUCUUCUGACCCCUAUAACUUUUAUUUUUCCGCGUAUGGGGCGGUAUGAGGGUUUAUUUUUUGUGCCGUGAUCUGAAUUUUUUAGCGGUACCAUUUUUGCAUUGAUAGGACUUAUUGAUCUUUUUAUUCAUUUUUUCAUGAUAUAAAAAGUGACCAAAAAUGCACUAUUUUGGACUUUGGAAUCAAUUUUGCGCUUACGCCAUUGACUCAUUGGGAAAAGGGGGGUGAUUCAAACUUGUAUUAGGGAAGGGGUUAAAUGACCUUUUAUUAACUUUUUUUAUUUAUUAUUUUUUUUACAGUGUUUAUAGCUCCCAUAGGGGGCUAUAACACUGCACACACUGAUCUUUUACCCUGAUCCCUGCAAAGCCAUAGCUUUGCAUGGAUCAGAGUAAUAAGGGGUUGAUUGCUCAAGCCUGUAGCUCAGGCUUAGAGCAAUCAAAUGCCGAUCGGACACGACGGAGCAAGGUAAGGGGACCUCCGCUCGCAUCCUAGCUGAACGGGACAUCGCGAUAGUCCUGAUCAGCUCGACUGAGCUGCCGGGAAGCUUUUACUUUCGUUUUUGACGCUGCGAUCAAAGUCUGAAGGGUUAAUAGUGCGCGGCACAAUGAUCUGUGCCGCGCGCUAUUAGCACAGGGUCCAGGCUAUCACUAGCAGCUGGGACCACCCCUGUGGGACCCCGUUUUAAACACUGGGCGCAUGGCGUACAUGUACGCCCUGCGUCCUUAAGAGGUUAAUUUUCUAAAAUGGGAGUGAAUAUCAGUUGAUGGGUGGGAUUAUACAGUCAGGGGGUGUGUAUCAGGCAAACAACCCCUUCUAUGUACAACAUUUACACCCCAUGGCUGUAUAAUCUCAUGCAUCACCUGAUAUUCACUCCAAUUAUUAUAAUUAAGUACACACCUAAUUGACUGACUGAGUUUUAAGACAAUAAUAUAAACCCUCAUAUCUCAGUAACCGAAGGGCGUAUCAAGAAAUUAUAGAAAGGUAUGUGAUUAGGGCACCCUAGGCUCUUUAUUGUCAUUAAAAUAUCUUUAUUUGCAUUAGCCACAGGGCCUCUUUAACCUUUAUUAGCUUUGUCUUUGAGCUUUCGUUUCACUUGUGCUCAUCUGAGAAAUCUUUUGCAAUGUCAUUUUAGACACAGCUAUCAUUCCUAUGUCCAGACCUAAAUUUAUAGGCGCAUUCCUAUGUUCUUUUUUUUUUUUUUUUUUUUUCUUUUUUUUUUUUUUUCUUUUUUUAAUAGAAGUACUGGCUUUUUAAAUUUAUUUUUGCUUUACAUUUUAUUUUGUUGGAUUUAGCUGAUGGUUUUUAAAAGAGAUCUUGUUUUCUUCUUACUCUAGUGAAAUUAGUCUACCCCUGCUGUUCAUUCCACCAAGGUCAGAAAAGUGAAUAUAUUAUAAAGAAUCAUACGCUUGGUUCUUGAGUAUAUUAACAUUGAUUUCCAUGAGACAGAUAGCGAUUUUCUUCUGUUAGAUGAAUCUGACAGAAACUAUUUACGCAGCACUUGGAACUUACUUUAGAAAUGCAGAUAAUUCUUCUACUGUAUCAACCUUACCGAUACUAUUGGUUUGAAUCUGUAUAUCAACAAUAUGUAGUAAAUUAAAUAGCUGUAGAAUAUGAUGGUAAAUUAGAUUUUUUUUUUUUUACUUACAAAGGCAUUGAGGAAAAUUUAGUGCAUCCGCUUAUGUCAAAUAUACAUAGUAAUAACAUUGAAUAAAGAGAGACCGAACGGAAGUCCUUCCCCAAUGCAGGCAACCAUCUGAAGUGCCAAUCCAGAGCCACAUACAACAAUACCAAUCAAGAUCACAGCAUAGACUGAGGUCCAGAAUGUUGUUUAAGGGGUAUUGUUGUAAUGUGAACAGAUGACACAAGGAAAAAAAAUAAAAAAUAUUUUUUUGUUGCAUAUUAUCCUAGUACUUCUUGAAAUAAUGGAUCCACAUAGUUUUUUUUUUUUUUUUUCCUUCCUUUCUUCCCAGUAGUUUAAUGUUACUAAUGUGGCUUUCUUCUUACAAUAUUAAAGGGGUAUCCCAACUUCAUAUAUUUAUGGCAUAUUCACAAAACUAGGUUAGAUAGUAAUUUAUAUGAGGCGGCUGUGGUGCCUAAAUGGCCAAUGGCCACUCCAUAGACUCUUGGCAUCACCUCUGCCUAUUCCAUACAUACCGUAAAUAAUGCAGGAAUACAAGAUAGACAUAUUUUGCUUUUUAUUGCUAAAAUAUUUCUCAUGCCAAAGAAAACCUUAAAUGCUUUUGCACUUUACUAGCUCGUAUUCCCCUGAUUUUCAGUUUUUUAACACAUAUGUGAACAGUAAAAUACAGGAAAGUUGUGUAAAAAAAAAAAAAAAAAACACCAUAACAGAAGGAAGUACAGAGCUUUGUAAGAACUAGAUAGGGUUUGCUUCUUUAUUUACUGCAGGCAACUACUGUAUGCAGUUAACUUUUUAGGCUAAGGAUACUUAACAAUUUUUAACACUUGAUCUAAAAGUUGCUGGUCAAAGUUUCCACAACUGCAAAAAGUCAAUCAUGGCUUUUUUUUUUUUUUUUUUUAAAUGUUGGCCCAAUUUCUAUUGUGCACAUAUGUCUAAUAGGCUCUAUUAAAAAGUGUUCCUCCUCGUUUGUAGUCUUGCUGAAGUUGUAUGGGGAAAUAGGAGAAAGUGGCAACAAAAUAACAUGCUAUAAUGCUAACAGUUUUACCGUUUUGUUUCUGCUUCGCCUACCUGUGCCAUAUCAUCCCAGUAGUAAAACCAUGUUUUGUAAUUCUGAAAAAAAUUAAGUCAAUAAAAAUUCUGUCACUUACCUGGGUUGAUUUAAAUGGCUAAAUGGAAAGUUGUACAUUUCAAAUUUGCUAUGUGGUAAUAGAAAGUGAAACUGCUGUCUCAGUGAUAAACUACCUGGAAAUCCAUAAGCUAAAUAUUAGAAACCUGAACUCUCCAACAUGUCCAUAUAAAAGGCCUGAAAAGAUACACAUUUUUGGCUUGUGUAGAGCGUGAGGGGACAAUGAAUGACCUGGAUUUACCAGAGAUCAAACCAAAAAGGUACAGAGCUGUAAAAUGACCAGAUGUAUGAGCUCUAGUACUACACUAAACAUUAGGGCCUUAUGCAAAUUUUUACCACUGUUUGUUACUAUGAGUGGCAUAAACUGAUAUCAUGGUGCAAUAUUGGUUUUGGAAUAAAAUGGGGGAGAUUUAUCAAAGCUGUCUAUGCCCCGCAUCAAUAUAGACCAAACUACAGAGCGUUAGGCUGGACUAUUGUGCGCCUAAUUUAUCAAAAGUCGCACGGCUCUUGAUAAAUUCUGUGCACGGACUUCAGGAUCUAU